CCCCUCCACCUUUAUCUCUCUUCCUGCCUCUUCGUCUAUCAUCCAGAGAUGAGAGGGCGUGCACCUCUUCCGGUGCCUUUGGGCCCUGUCCAGAAUGGACAUUCUCGCAAUCACUCGGGCCUCGACAUGGCCCGCAGUCCUCCCAACCAGAGCAACAAGAAUACUAAACAUGUUCCUUGCAAAUUCUUCCGGCAGGGUGCCUGUCAAGCAGGCCCCGCUUGUCCUUUUCUACACUCCACCGAUGCCGCCGUGGAUUAUGCCCCCUGCAAAUAUUUCACUAAGGGAAAUUGCAAGUUCGGCACCAAGUGCGCACUGGCGCACAUCCUACCCGAUGGACGGAGAGUCAACCGACCAAGUGGAGGCAUGGGUGUGGGCGGCAGCCACCUCAACCUAGGGGGUCGGGUCAAUCCGCAAGCCUAUGUCAACCAGGACUCGGCCUUGACCAAUUCUGUUCUCUCUCAGCAGCGCAUGAAUGGCCACGAACCUCGAUAUGCCCCGCAACUCCCCCCGCAGGAGGAGUUUGCCGGCUUGCAUGGGCAGCAACAACCCUACGAUGCAAUUCCCACCAUUGAUGCGGGCUUGGCCUCCGAUGCUGGCUCGAAGUAUGGAUCGCCAGCAGACGAAGUGCGAUUCCCCAUGUCGCCGAAUCACCACCACCUAACUGCCCUCGAUGCCCCGCUCCCCGCAUCAUUUGACAGUCAGGGCAUCUCCCACGCUGCCCGCUAUGGGCCGGUUGCUGCUUCGAUGCCAUCCAAGUUCGGCCUGGAACUGUCCCCGCCAGUUCAGAGGCCGGGCCCACCGGACGCAUUUCGGAACCUACGCGAUGUGGGCUAUGGCUCCGAGCUGCGGAAGCCCCUCUCCAACAUCGGAUCGUCGCCUCCUGUCGCCCCCGAGGACCCAAUCGGGCCUCGAUUUCUGCACUCUCAACGCCCUGUUAAGCCGCGCAUGCUCUCUGCCAGCGUUCCCCGACCCACGGCUCUGGACGAUUGGGAUGAGAGUAAUUUCCCCAUGGAGGAGGACUAUCUACCAGUCAAUCUACACGACGAUGUCUUGACGCCGCAGGAAAAAUUGCGCCGGCUCUCUCGGACGGAUCAUGACUUGAGUUCCAGCCAUCGCGACAUUAGCGGUCUUGGGAUGACGAGCACCAGUUUCUCCAAAAACGGGUCCCCGCUGGCCUCCAGCCCGUCCCGAUUUGGGGCUUUGUUUGCCAAACAACGCCAGAAGAAGGAAGAGGAUGGCCAUGGCUCCUCGUACCCGCACAUCGGAUCACCCCUGCGCGAGUCGUCCUUGAACCCAAUGGCCAGCCCCAGCUUGGGCCCGAUCGGCAGCCGGGCGUCCCACGACGGAUCACCGUUUGUCUCCAGCCCUGGCCGGCAGUCCUCGAUGUCGAUGAUCUCUGAACAACUCAGUGGCAUGUCCCUUCAUCCCGGAUCCGCCCGUCACUCCUCGGCGGGUCCUAACAGCCGCUUGGAUCGAACCAUCUCUUCUCCGGUCACUAGCAGAAUUGAGGAAGAAGAGCAAAGUGACCUGGUCUUUUCUAUGGAGGAAGAGGAAGGUAACAAACGGAACAGUGCAUCCUGGAGCGAAGAUAAAGAAAGAUCGAGCGACGCCUAA